UCGAAGUCGUUGGCCACCCUCCAUUCCAAUGGCUUCUUCACUCACAUUCGCAUUUAAGCUCUUCCAAUCUCCUUCUCCAACCUCACAACCCUAGGGUUUCUUCUCUCCACCUCUCCUUGCCGUCAUGUGGAACUCUGUGGAGCCGGCCUUCUCCCGGUCCAGCUCCUUCAGGGACUUCGAGCCUGACGAUGAGGAGGCCCUCCGUUGGGCCGCCCUUGAACGCCUCCCCACCUUCUCUCGCGUCCGCCGUGGUCUCCUCCGCUCCCCUACUGGUAACCUCUCUGAGAUCGAUAUCUCUUGUCUUAGCUCUGGUGACCGGAUCUCUCUUAUUGAGCGCUUGCUUGGUGAUUCCGGUGAUGCUGAGCUGUUCUUCCAGCGGAUCCGCCAGAGAUUUGACCGGGUAAACUUGGAAUUCCCCAAAAUUGAGGUUCGAUUUAAGGAUCUGAAAGUUGAUGCACAUGUCCAUAUUGGUAGCAGAGCAUUGCCCACAAUUCCUAAUUUCAUCUUCAACAUGACAGAAGCCUUAUUGAGACAGUUGAGGAUUUUCCCAGGCCAGAGAACAAAGUUGUCUAUACUGGAUAACAUUAGCGGAAUUAUACGCCCUUCUAGAAUGACUUUGCUUUUGGGUCCACCAAGCUCUGGAAAAACAACUUUGCUCUUGGCUCUUGCUGGUAGGCUGGGCUCUGGUUUGCAGAUGUCAGGAAGCAUUACCUAUAAUGGACACAGUCUCAAUGAGUUUGUCCCUCAAAGGACAUCAGCUUAUGUGAGUCAGCAGGAUUGGCUGGCUGCAGAGAUGACAGUUAGAGAAAUAGUAAACUUUGCUGGAUGCUGUCAAGGCGUUGGAAUAAAAUAUGAUAUGCUUAUGGAACUGUCAAGAAGAGAGAAGAAUGCAGGAAUAAAGCCUGAUGAAGAUCUGGAUAUAUUUAUGAAGGCCUUAGCUCUGGAAGGCAAACAGACGAACUUGGUUGUGGAGUAUAUAUUGAAGAUACUAGGGUUGGAUAUUUGUGCUGAUACACUGGUGGGAGAUGAAAUGAUUAAAGGAAUCUCUGGUGGACAAAAGAAACGCCUUACGACAGGUGAAUUACUAGUUGGAUCAGCUAGAGUGCUGUUCAUGGAUGAGAUAUCAACAGGGCUUGAUAGUUCAACCACUUACCAAAUCAUUAAGUAUCUCAGACAUUCAACACAUGCGCUUGAUGGAACCACUAUCAUAUCUCUGCUGCAACCACCUCCAGAAACAUACGAGUUAUUUGAUGAUGUGAUUCUAAUCUCUGAAGGCAGGAUUGUUUAUCAGGGACCCCGUGAUGAUGCUCUUGAUUUCUUUGUAGCUAUGGGCUUCAAGUGCCCUGAACGGAAAAAUGUGGCUGACUUUUUGCAAGAAGUGACAUCUAAGAAAGAUCAAAGGCAAUACUGGUAUGAUUAUGAUCGUCCAUAUCGAUAUGUACCAGUAGUGAAGUUUGCUGAGGCCUUUCAUUUGUUUCGUGUUGGUAAGAGAUUGUCUGGGGAGUUAGCUCAUCCUUACAACAGACUGCAAAACCAUCCUGCAGCUCUUUCAACUUCAAAUUAUGGUGUUAAAAGAUUUGAACUUCUCAAGGUUAACUUCUCUUGGCAGUUGCUAUUGAUGAAGCGAAAUUCAUUUGUCUAUAUCUUCAAAUUCAUUCAGCUUCUGCUUGUUGCUCUUAUCACAAUGACGGUAUUUUUUCGGACGACAAUGCCCCGUGAUACAGUAGAUGACGGGAUUGUCUUUCUUGGUGCUCUGUACUUCUCAAUUGUUAUUAUUCUGUUCAAUGGCUUUACUGAAGUUUCAUUGCUGAUAACAAAACUUCCAGUGCUUUACAAGCAUAGGGACUUGCACUUUUAUCCAGCAUGGGCUUAUACAUUGCCUUCUUGGAUCUUGAGUAUUCCAACUUCACUUAUUGAGUCAGGACUCUGGGUGGUAGUUACAUACUAUGUUGUCGGUUAUGACCCUCAGAUAACUAGAUUUUUGCGGCAAUACCUGUUGCUUUUCUUUUUGCACCAAAUGUCUUUGGCUCUCUUUCGUGUGAUGGGAUCACUGGGCCGUAAUAUGAUUGUUUCAAACACUUUUGGAUCCUUUGCAAUGCUUGUUAUCAUGAUUCUUGGAGGAUUUAUAAUUUCCAGAGAUAGCAUACCAAAUUGGUGGAUUUGGGGCUAUUGGUUUUCUCCCUUGAUGUAUGCACAGAAUGCUCUUUCGAUUAAUGAGCUUCUUGGGCAUUCGUGGGAUAAGCUUCUGGACGUUGGAAUGCAGCAACCUAUGCGAUUAGGCGAGGCAGUACUGAGAAGAUACGGGCUUUUUACAGAAAGUUAUUGGUAUUGGAUUGGUGUUGGUGCCUUAUUUGGAUAUACUAUCUUAUUCAAUCUGCUCUUCACCUUGUUCUUGACUUACUUAGAUCCUAUUGGGAGACAACAGGCUGUUGUCUCUAAAAAGGAACUCCAAGAAAGGAACCAGGCAAGGACAGGAGAGGGUCUUGUUGUUGAGCUGAGGUCAUAUUUGCAAUCUGAAGCAUUAACAGGAAAACAUGAUAAGGAAAAGAAAGGCAUGGUUCUUCCCUUCCAGCCACUUUCAAUGUGCUUUAACAACAUCAAUUACUAUGUGGAUGUACCAGUGGAACUUAAACAACAAGGAGUUUUAGAAGAUCGGCUGCAACUACUGGUCAAUGUAACUGGCGCAUUUCGCCCUGGCAUUCUCACAGCACUGGUCGGGGUCAGUGGUGCUGGUAAAACCACAUUAAUGGAUGUCUUAGCUGGUAGAAAAACUGGAGGAUAUAUUGAAGGAAGUAUUACCAUUUCUGGCUAUCCUAAAAAUCAAGAAACUUUUGCGAGAGUAUCCGGUUACUGUGAGCAAAAUGAUGUCCACUCUCCAUGUGUUACUGUCUAUGAAUCUCUUCUAUUCUCUGCAUGGCUCAGAUUGCCAUCUCAUGUCAACAUGGAAACUCGAAAGGUUUUUGUUGAAGAGGUAAUGGAACUUGUUGAGUUGUCAUCAUUGAGUGGUGCACUUGUUGGCCUACCAGGGGUAAAUGGGCUGUCUACAGAACAGCGCAAAAGGUUGACAAUUGCCGUUGAGCUUGUUGCAAAUCCUUCUAUAGUUUUUAUGGAUGAGCCGACAUCUGGAUUAGAUGCAAGGGCUGCUGCAAUAGUCAUGAGGACUGUGAGAAACAUUGUGAAUACAGGGAGGACAAUUGUGUGCACAAUUCAUCAGCCAAGCAUAGACAUUUUUGAAUCAUUUGAUGAGCUUUUGUUCAUGAAACGGGGAGGGCAACUUAUUUAUGCUGGUCCACUGGGGCGCAACUCUCGUAAACUAGUUGAAUUUUUUGAGGCAAUUGGUGGAGUGCCAAAAAUCAGAGACGGCCACAACCCUGCUGCAUGGAUGCUUGAGGUGACUAGUCCUGCUAUGGAAAGCUGUCUUGGUGUGGACUUUGCAGAUUAUUAUCGAAAAUCUAAACUAUUCCGCAUGAACAAGGAGCUAGUUGAAAGUUUAAGUAGACCAAACUCUGAUGCCAAAGACAUUAGUUUCCCAACCAAAUAUUCUCAGUCUUUUCUAAGCCAAUACCUCACAUGCAUUUGGAAGCAAAAUCUAUCAUAUUGGAGGAAUCCACAAUACACAGCCGUUCGUUUCUUCUACACUGUGAUAAUUUCUAUGAUGUUCGGAACAAUCUGCUGGAAUUUCGGUUCCAAGAGGAAAACACAGCUAGAUGUAUUCAAUGCUAUGGGAGCAAUGUAUGCUGCUGUUCUUUUCCUUGGAAUCACUAAUGCUACUGCAGUUCAACCAGUUGUUUCCAUUGAAAGGUUUGUUUCAUACCGCGAAAGAGCAGCCGGAAUGUAUUCAGCACUACCCUUCGCCCUUGCUCAGGUUUCAAUCGAAUUCCCGUAUGUGUUUGUUCAAACACUCAUAUAUGGACCAAUAUUCUAUUCUCUCGGCUCAUUUGAUUGGGUUACAACAAAGUUCUUGUGGUACAUAUACUUCAUGUAUUUCACCUUACUGUACUUCACUUUCUUCGGCAUGAUGACCAUCGCAAUCACUCCCAAUCACGUUGUGGCUCCUAUAAUUGCUGCUCCAUUCUAUACACUUUGGAACCUUUUCAGUGGUUUCAUGAUCACACGCAAGAGAAUACCAGUAUGGUGGAGAUGGUACUACUGGGCAAACCCUGUAUCAUGGAGCCUGUAUGGAUUACUGGCUUCCCAAUUUGGGGACAUUGAGGAGCAUGUUAUACUUGCAGAUGGUAUUCACUCAGUAAGCAUAAAGGUCUUCCUUGAUAAACACUUUGGAUUCAGACAUGAACUCUUAGGCUUUGUUGGAGUCAUGGUUGUGGGAUUCACUGUGCUGUUUGCUCUGGUCUUUGCUCUUGCUAUAAAAUCACUCAACUUCCAAAGGAGAUAAGGAUUAAGGAGAAAGGGAAAUUUAAUUUCCUCCAAUAAGGCCGGACACCAAAUGAUGGAGAAAUUGUAUAGCGCCACAAAUUUUUGUAUGUAUUUUAUAGUACAAAAGUGAUGAAUUUUGGGAACUUGUAUUCAUGAUCAGGAUUCUUAAUUUGUGUCCUUCCUUUUUACGUAUGUUGUUAAAAUUGCUUCUUGAACAGUAUUGUGAUGUAUUAUAUAUAUUCAAAAAAAUGUGUUCCCACUGAA